AUGAGAAACUUUGAAGUUUUCAUGAAAUUAAUGCUCCAAGGACUUUUUCUUAUUCCAGAAAACAUUCAACAAAACGCUACAACUUUACUACAAAACUUUAAACUCAUGAGUCGAAAAUUCAUGAAAACUGUUAGACAUGUGCAUCGUGAACAACAUUUUAGUGCAAUGAAAACAUGUUUUGAUAAGAAAACAAAAGAAAUUUGGAUUAAUCAAGAAAUUGAAGAAAAAAAACCUUAA